AGCUAGUAACCACUGCCAACGUUUAACUUUAGUUGUUUGUUUAUUGUAUUUUAAAUCAUGUCAUUUUCAGAUUUGUACGCAAAAUAUAAUUGUACAUAUUGUCAAGAAGAAAUUAAUGGAGUUCGAGUAAGAUGUGCGGAAUGUAUCGACUUUGAUAUUUGUUUGCAGUGUUUCUCCCUGGGUGCUGAAAUUGGAUCACAUAAAAAUGACCAUUCUUAUCAAUAUAUGGACUCUGGAGCAUUUGGAAUAUUUUUGGGCCGUAGCAGUUGGUCGGCAAAUGAAGAGGUUCGAUUACUGGAUGCUAUAGAACAAUUUGGCUUUGGAAACUGGGAAGAUAUAGCAAAACACAUUGAAACACGAACACCUGAAGAGGCAAAAGACGAGUACAUCACCAGAUAUUUGGAAGGUAGCAUUGGGCGAGCAACAUGGGGAAAUCUGGAGAGUACGAGCCGCCCAACUUUAAACUCAGCAGAUAAAGACGAGGGACCCCUGGGCCCCAGUGCUGUAUCCAGAUUACCACAUCUAGCUGUUACCACAGAUGAAGCUGCCCAACUUGGAUAUAUGCCGAAUAGGGAUGACUUUGAACGGGAACAUGAUCAUGAAGCAGAACAGUUAAUAUCAACACUAUCUCUAAACCCUGAAGACGAUGAGUUGGAUGUUGCACUCAAACUAUCACAAGUGGAUAUCUACACACGCAGGCUUCGCGAAAGAACAAGGAGAAAGAGAUUAGUAAGAGACUACCAACUUGUGUCCGUGUUUUUCAAUAACCAGAGAAAUAAACAAAAAACACUUGGAAAACUUGCCAAAGAGAAGAAGGAGUUCACGGAGCGCCUGCGCUGGACGGCGCAGUUCUACGGGCGCGGCGAGCAGCUCGGCGUCGUGGCGGGGCUGUGGCGCGAGAGAGAGCUGCGCGUGAGGCUGGCGGAGCUGCACCGGUACCGCCUGGCCGGCGUCACGCGCCCCGAGGAGUGCGCGCACUACGAGCAGCACGCGGCGCGCCGCCGCCACCCCGCCGCGCCGCAGGACCUGCCCGACCGCCUCCUGGGCAGCAGUGGGUGUCUGGAAAUCAGCCAGACAAAAGAGCAAACGCAGAACAGCAUGCAGCCGCUAAGAAAAAGAGACGGCGAAAGCGGCUCAAGUUCCACCAGCCCAAGGUGCACACGGGACGGAAGUACCGCAUGUGGAUGCUCCAAAAAGAGCUUAUGCAGCAACAGCAGCGGCGGAUGCUCGAGGCAUCUGCUGACCAAUAACGAGAUACAGCUGUGUUCGGCUCUGAGCCUGCCGGCGGCGCAGUACGUGACGAUGAAGGGCGUGCUGCUGCGGCGCGCGGCGGCGCCCGACUGCGAGCUGGACCUGGCCGUGCGACAGUACCUGGCGGCCGCCGGCUGGGUGCCCAACUAGACACGCGGCCUGUCUCACGCCGAGCGGCGACCUCUACACCCGAACUGCAGCCGAACAAUGCCGACAACAGCCGAAUGCUGCACAGCGAAACACAAUCUACAAGUACGCCGUACGCGCUGUCAAAUCAGUUUGUUUUUUUUACACGAGUUGACUUACGUGUAUUUAUAAGGUAUGAACGUAAUUAAAAUGUUUAAAUGAAUGCUUCUUGGUUAACUGCGGUUUUGAUGUAAGCUAUAAAUAUUUAACGUAAUUCGGGUUUCGUCAAUGUCAUGUGAUGCACUGAUUGUAGAUCGCUAGCUUUGUAUUUAUUGUAGUCUUUUAACGUAGGGAUGUCACGGUAAACUUGGUAUUAAAUUAUUGGUUGGGUGUAAAUAAGAGUUAUUGUCACCUUGUAAAACAACAUAAAGUUUUGACAGCGCGUACACAGCGGUAUGUAUUCACUGCGGUAUACGGUUCAUAUUGGUAAUUGGUUAUCCGACGGUUGUGAAACAGGUCUUUCCCUAGGAUAUAUUGAUAUAUUGUUUCUAUCUUACAAAAUAUAAGUACUUGUUAACAGUUUCAUAGAAGAAUCUUAGUAAAGACGCAAAUGUUCCAAGUUAUGCAAGUCUUUAGGUGCUUGUUACGUUUCCUUAGAACAGUGAUCCUUCUUUAGUUAGAUAAAUUGACAGCCUGUCAAUGUACGAUUUUACACGAAGAUAACCUCAUGUUGUAAAACUGCUCUCAUAGAGCAUUGUAAAUAUUGUAUGUCAGUGUAUAUACGGUUUUAUUUUAUUUCUCGGCUGUGCUUGACUUAGAGAGACGGGAAGCUUAUCAAGGGACAUUGUUUGCGAAUUCGAGGUAUCACCCUGUUGGUUAGCGGAGUUCAUGUAGUUGUGUGGAAGCAGGGCGGAUUAUCUGAUAAAUCUAACAAACACCACUUAUCUGUGUUUGUUCUUGUCCCGCGGUUAUUCACCUCGCGAAACUUGUUAUGAAAUGCAAUCUAAUCAGAACUAUUAUGCGCUCAUUUCUACCUACAUCAGUUAGUACAUGUCAAGAGACAAUUCUCUUCACAAUUACUAAAAUUUGAGCUAUUGUAAACAACAUUUUUACAUAAUGGGUCGAAUUCGUAGAUAUUGUAUAGGGUUAGAAUUUCAUUAAUCUCUGAAAAUAUUUUGUAAUCAAACGUAAACAUGCACAGUCGGGUAUCGUUUUCAAAAAUGUAAUUUUAGAUGCCAGGUAUUACAGCAAUAAAAAGCAUCUAGCUAUUUUGAUAGCCAAAAUUAUAUUGUAUAGGCUUAGUUAAUGGAGUAACGUACAAAUUAUGCUGGAAGUAUAUGAGGCAAUCUCUAGAAAUUUUGAUUUUUAAAGAUGUAAAUUAGGCAAAGAUUUCGUGUUUAGUAGGUAUGUUACAUGCUGUUCGUAUCGUCAAACUUUACAUUACGUAAAGUAACUAAUUGUCUCAUAUGAAUAAAUUCGGUUUUAAACUUGACAACCAGGUUUCAUAUCUAUAAAAUGCGCAAUCUUUGAUGUAGUAAAAUAGAUGGCGGUACCAUCGCAGAAUGUAUACGCGUUUUAGUUUACGUUGCGCUCGCAACUGUUUUGAUGUUUGUAUGGACCCGAGGGCUCCAUAUUGUUAGCUAAUUUCUAGUGUACUAGCUAAAUGACUAAACGAUACAAUUUAGAAUACUUAUAACACUUACCUCUGCGUUCUGAAAGGCCAGUUUACUGAAAAUAUAUUAAUCGUCGGUAAAUAUUAAAUUGCUGUGAUUGAUUAGACUUUUGUCAAUUAAGCAAAUUAAUUGUUACCUAUUCAAUUGGAUAAGCUACUGAUGAGCCUUUCAGAAACUUAGGUUAGUAUUCCGUUACGGUACAGAUGUGAAAUAAACUGAGGUUUUACCUCGUUGCUCUGAACCAAAGUAGUGAUAGGGUUGAAAUUGCGACAGCAUAAAAAGAACACUUUUCAAAUUAGGGCCAAGACACGCAAAUUACUAUAUCAUCAUAUUUAGACCAUCAUCAUAAUUAUGUUAUUACUAUAAUCCUAUUUUCUCUCAUGAUUUUCUUAAUAUUGUUUGUUUGUUUUGACUCCCAAGAAGUGUGCGUCGAAUUGUUACAUACUUUCUUAAGAUUGAUCAGAGAUCAAUCUUCAAUCAUUCAAUGUUUCGAUUCAAGACAGGAUCUCGUGAACACCAUUAACAUCACAAAUUGUAUGUUUACAAAUGUCGUUUGAACCAAGGUGCUAAUAUUUGAAUAUUUGUGCAGCACCUUUCUUAGCGCACUUACAAAUUCUUGAAAAGUGUUAUUUAUAAGUUUGUAUCGUAAUAAUCAUACAUCGAAGUCCAAUGUUACUUAACUUUUAUUAUGUAACAGUGGCUGUGGUAGACUUUACUGAAAUUAUCUUAUGUCUUACUGUGCUAUAAGGUAAAAGAUUUUCCUCAUUAAUUACAGUAAUAUAAACAAAAUUUUAAUGGUAAGUAUUAUCGAUGCGACGAUUCUUUAUGCCGUAUGGCUCGACGGGUUAAUAAAGACGUGAAUUAAACAAAAAUGGAUGGAACGGUAUAAUUUGAUCUCUCUUAAUGUAAAUGUUUAUCUGCAUUUUAUUUUAUUAUUUAAAAUAGAGUUUAUUUAUUAACGGAACUAGGUUUCUCCGAAUGAUUCCAAAAAGUAAAGUAGUUUUAAAGAUAUCAAUUUUGAUUGGAUAUUCGUUGUUGGCGUUUGGAAGUCGGCUCACUUGCGACGUCAAUAUGUCAAGAAAUAAAGAAGCUGAAGUAUUUUAAUAAUUAAGUCUUAAGAAAUAUUGCAAUAACAAUAUCCAGAUUAGGUGAAUGCGAUUUGACCCUUAUGACAUGUUUUGGGUAGUUUUAGUAUAUUUAUGUGUGUGGGUAUGAGAAAUUGCAAGUAAGGUGUUGAUAUCAUAUUAUCUUCCCAUCGCCUUCUGUAGGACAUUAUUUUUAGCUGUUAUAUUUUAGGGUAUUUCUGUGCAUUCACUAUUUUGGCUCAAAUGUACAUAAGAUGUAAAAGUACAACUUGAUAUUGUAAUUAUAACUGAUUUAUAAUUUAAUUAAAUUCAAUAAAAUACAUUUUGAAA